CCUUUUUGCACCGCAAGGCGUAGAUGCAAUUAGAAAAAUUACGGCACCAUCUGUAAACUCUGUUAGCGUAACACGUUAGCGAUGUAAACAAGAGCCGAGCUGGUCGCAAAUGGUCAAGGAAAACGUGUCAUCCACAUCAUUCCCCACGCGCUCCUGCCCUUUGCGUGGUACCAAAAUAAACACACAUGUGUUAGAAACGCGCGGGGCACGGCAUACAGCAGCAGCAGCAGCGAGCGAGAAGCACAUGGGCCAGUGCGUGAUCGACCGAGGAAGAAUGUGCAAGCGCGAACGAGAGAGGAAACACACCUACACAGACAAGCCACAGUCUUGUAAGAGACACUCGCAACACACCGUUUGAAGCGUGUUGGAGAGAGGAUGUGAGGGUGUAUAUUGUGACUUUCCUUCGAUUCUUAGAGCUGCAGAGCUAUUUUUUUGUGUUGGUAUCGACACAUUCUAUGUACCUACCAAUUCACACACCAAUUUUAUACAAAAACACUUGCGAGUAUUACUGGAUGAUGGCUAGAGAUACAGAGACUUACAUUAUAGAGUGAUUUACCAUUUUUUACCUAGAAUCCGAUCGAUUCAAAUCUCUUUUGCGCUACACGGCGAGAGAGUGUCUUCGGAUGGGAAUCUAUCGGUAUCCGUGCUUACAGGAGCCGAUGCGCCCAUGCAGUGCACUAUCGAGCUUGCCCGCAGUGGCUUCUGUUAUCAGCGAUUAAAACGAUAACAGGCGCGAGCUUGCCUAAAACCCGUUCGAGGAGCACACGAGUACGGGGUUGUCGCUGGUGGAUAUUAUCGGAUCUGGUCGCCCUCAACCGUUAAUCAAGUGAAAGCAAGCUUCGUAGGCAGGCGGGUGUAAGUGGACACGGACCUUGAGCACUGCAUUCUUCCGGUCCGUGGGUAACUGUAUUCCGUUGGACAGCUGGGCGUUGGUAUCGCAGUACCGAUGGCGUGAUGACGCCACCGCUAAUCCCUAAUCCCAUUUAACACACUGUCCACGUAAGUGCACACACACCCGCACACACCGGGAGCAGUACGCCAAAAGGGUAAAAACUGGUCAGCCAUAAUCAGGCCCGAUAAUCGAUCGUGUCGACACGUUCGACGCAUUUCUGGAUGACGGGGUGGGUGGGUGAGCUAAAAUGCGGAAGUGCGGUACCAUCCACCCCGAACAGAACCGAACCAAGAGAGCGAGAAGGAGCGCGACAGGAUGGCCCAAAGAGGUGUAAAUUUAUGUACCCUGUGCUGGUGCCCGGGAAUGGCGUGAACUUCAAAUUGAUGAGCAACGGUCGCGGUACGGCACUGAUUGUAAAGCCGCAGCGUUCGCCGCAAUGGCGGUACGAUUGAUAAGAUAAACCCACCAAGAUCGGGAACCACAGAAACGGCCCUCCCCGAUACCGAUCGGUUAUGGGUGUUUUUUUUAUUCUUCUUUUUUCUUUCCUCUAUCGAUGCGAGGGUGUCUCUCCAAAUCGUCCCUGCGCAAAAGAGGUGCGAAAAGAUGGGCGCAACCUGGUCCGUUGAUAUGGUUCGCUGCAGCUCACCCGUCAGUAGUUGCUGCAGUGUCGUACGGUCCGGUUCGCUCGAGCAUCGGUGCAUCAGUACAAACAGGUCCCGUCCGUCAACCCUUCCACCAGAGCUUACAGCGAGUCAACCGAGGGAUCUGCUCCGAUGGCAGACAGUGCCAGUGCGGCGGGAGAAUCGUGCCCGGGCGAUACGGCCGAACCGGAGCUGGCGGUGGUCCGGCUGCGCUCGCUCGACGAGUCCCAGUCGCCGAGCAUCCGGUCGGACGGGUCCGGGUCCGGGUCUGGCGGCUGCCGCAAGUCCUCGCUGUACGUGUACGGCGACGGGCAGUUCAGCAUCACGCUCAAGCACUACGACAGCAUCGUGAGCGAGGUGAAGUGUCCGGGCUGUGCGGAGCCGAUGGACGGGCCGAUCACGAUGUGCGGCACCGGGCACAGCAUCUGCGCGGUGUGUCGCGUCAAGCGGGGCACCUGUCCGCUCUGCGGCGACCGGGUGACCGAGCUGCGCAACUACACGCUCGAGGCGAUCGUGUCGAAGGUGCAGUUCCCGUGCAGGAACGCCGUCAAGGGUUGCUCGGUCCGGCUGCCGCUGCAGCUGCUGCGCUGGCACAAGGAGCGGUGCGGCUACAAGCUGAUCGAGUGCUUCAUGGGCAAGGUGUGGGGCGGGUGCGGCUGGCACGGGUGCGAGCGGGACUGGCUGGCGCACUGUCUGGCCGAGCACGCCGACCACGUGCACGAGGACCGGUGCGUGGAGCUGCAGUGGGCGUACGGGGCCGAGGCGGCCCAGCGCGCGCCCGAGCUGCAGCUGGUGGUCGCGUACCACGUGGUGCGCGCGUACGGCGAAGCGUUCAACCUGUACCAGGUGUACGACCAGGACAGCCGCACCGUGCUGUGGACGGUGAUCUGCGCCACCAAGGAGUCGCAGGUGAGUGGGCGGUACGCGUUCGAGCUGGAGCUGUACUCGCCGGUCAACACCUGGCAGCUGCUGGUGCAGCGCUUCCCGUGCCACUCGGAGCUCGAUCCCGACUUUCUCAAGGAUGGGCACUGCGCGAAACUGGCGCUUGCCGAUGCGCUGCGCUUCAUGGCGGACGAUAAGGUGCUGCACUAUCGCGUCCGCGUGCUCGAGGUAGGGGCCUCGCGCACCCAAAGCUUGAUGAAGCUAAACACUGGCGGCGGCGGCAGCAGCAUCAGCACCUCCGCCACACACCUGCCCACCAACUACUGCUGCAAGAACAUCGAAAACGUCAACCUGAAAGCGGUGCCGGAAGGGAACAUCAUCUGCCGAAAGCAGCCGGCCCACAACAGCGAGACGCCGGGCUCGCCGGACGACGACGAAGUAUUUCUACCGUACGUGGACGAGGAGGAGGAGGAGGAGGAAGCGAGGCCGAUUACAGGCGCGGGCAAAUCGGUGCGCGUACACUCCGAACCCAACUCGCCCAGCCGCACGGCCAGCCUGCGGGUGGCAUGCUCCGUUCCGGUGCUGGCUCAGCCGCCGAGCGGCGCUGAUGCCGAUCCGCGGCAGGAGGUCGAGCUGCAGCCGAUCCAGCAGCUGGUGCGGGUCAGGAUUUCCGAGCGCGAGCCACCGGUCAAGCUGCAGGCACAGUACGGUGCAGUCCGCAAGGCGAACGGGGCGGCCGAGCGGGGCGCCUCGAGCGAAAGCCUGGCGCACAAGCCCAGCAAGGGCGGUACGGGUCUGUCCAAGUUCUACAACGUCACCAUGUACAAGGCGGCCAAGUUUCUGGACAAGAAGGGCAUCAAGUGAGGGGAGGUCGCGUGCAAAAUGUCACAGCAGCGUUCCAGUGUGGUAGGGGUACGGUUAGAAUGCGUUGGGUGCUGCUGGCGAAGUAUAUAGAAACACUUUCAUUUCAUGUAAGCUAGGUGUAAACACACAAAAAAAGUCAGAUAUUGAAUGAAAGAUCAUUAGGCACUGUCUUCCACUUCAAAUAGGAUGGUAAAUCCGAUCGGAACUUCGUCGCUGGUUAAGCGCUAAUUGGAAAGAGUUCUCCCGCCGGUGGGCAGCUUCAAAGCUGCUUAGCAAGCGCACGAUGCUCGUUGAAGCUUUGUGGUUUGUUAGCACAAUAGGGUAUGUAUCAAUAUUACUGGACAGCAUUUUUCAUUUGAAGUUUCACAUUUGGUAGCUGUAAUCAUGCCAAAACUCCAUACAAAACCACACGCCACACUCAGAUUUUCGGGCUGAAAAAAUGUAAAGAAAUGCCGAUUCGUCGAUUUUGCCGAAGCAUAAAUAUUUAGUAAACAAACCCGAAUCAUUGUUUAAAUCCGUAUUUAAAGUAUUAUAACUCAUUUCAUAAAGAAAUAAAAAAGAAAACAAAACGAUUUAGCGAUGUAUCGUCUUAUAGCGUGUAUAAAAACCCCUCUUUUACGAAACUAAGAGCUUGGUCUGAAUCAAAUUGAAAUAAAUUUGAUUUUGUUGUUUUUGAAUUGUGCGAAAUAAAAAGUAAACAUUUUUUUCUAAAAAAAAUUCAAACAUUCAACAGCAGGGAGAAGGGGUGUCGUUAUACACGCUACAAUACGGUAUCUUAGUUUGUAAACAAUGGGGCAAAUGAAUAAAAAACAAACAAUCCAGAUAA